AUGGAGUAUGCUGCUGGAGGCAGUGCCGGAGACAGUGACGGAGAUAUCACCGGCGACAAAAACUCGCGCAUUGUAGGAGUGGACACCAAAAAUCUGAUAGCUCAAAGGCUGCUACAACUGAGCUAUGAAGGUAAAGUAGCAUAUGGAGGUUUUGUGAAGACAGCAAAGGACUUUGGAGUGAGCACGAAGACUGUGCACAGAAUCUGGGCAGAGACAAGCCACCAAAUCCAGCUUGGAGUACCUGUGAGCAUACAAGAUCGUGUUAAAGGAUUCAAGCGCAAAGAUAGAAUUCAGCUUGAUUCAAACAGAGUAAGAGCUCUUUCAUUCCUUGAAAGAUCAACCAUCCGCAAGUUGGCUGCCAAACUGGAGUUAAGUAAGAGUGCAGUGGGCAGAAAAGUGAAAGCAGGGGAACUGAGGCCACACACAAAUGCUGUGAAACCCCAACUUACUGCCGCAAACAAGUUAGCAAGAAUGAAAUGGGGUCUCAUUCAUGUUCAGCCUCAGGUGCACAAUGGUAUGCUCAAAUACCACACAAUGCACAAUGUAGUGCACAUAGAUGAAAAAUGGUUUUUCAUGACAAAGACUACGGAUAGAUACUACCUGCUGCCAGAUGAGGACGAACCAUAUAGGUCAUGUAAGUCAAAGCGGUUUAUAACAAAGGUGAUGUUUAUGUGUGCUGUUUGCAGACCAUACUUUGGAGAAGAUGGGGAUGUCAUAUUUGAUGGAAAAAUAGGCAUCUUUCCAUUCACAACAAAAGAGCCAGCACAGAGAAAAUCCAAGAACAGAGCAAAUGGCACCUUAGAGACAAAGCCAAUUCAAUCAGUGAACAAGGAAGUCAUGAGAGACUGCCGUAUUCAAAAGAUCAUACCAACAAUCAAGGCUAAAUGGCCAGAUAACAUAAGCAAGGACAUAUUCAUACAACAAGACAAUGCAAGACCCCACAUCAUGCAUAAUGAUGCAGAAUUUCAGGUUUUUUCAGAGCAAUACAGUCUAUACAAGAUGACAAGCUGGCUAGGGGGAGUGGAUGACUUGUUGAGCAAUGUGCAAAGCUCAUUUGAAGAACUUAGUGCACAAACACUCAACAAAGUGUUUCUAACUCUUCAAACUUGUUUAACAGAGAUCUUGAAAGUGGAAGGGGGAAAUGGCUACAAAACUCCACACAUCAACAAAGAUAGGUUGUCAAGGAUGGGCAUACUUCCACACACUCUAGAGGUUGAAGAACAUGUUGUCAAGGCUGCAGUGGCAUACCUCCAACAGAGUGAAAAUGAUGCUGGCACAGCAUAUGACAUCUCACAUAUAUGUAGGGCUGUAGGUUAA